CACACAUGUGGUUACUAGGGUGACCAACUCGCGGUUUUAGCAGUGGAAGCCUUUUAUCCCAGUCCCCUAAGUCCCUGGCCAACCAGGAUGGUUGUUAAGUUCUGGUCAACCCGACUGUUACCCCCUGUUCUGCCUUAGUGACUGUUCGCACCACCCAGGUAGAUGCAGAUAGCAAAGGAAACCCAGUCCUCAGGGUCACGCCAGGGCCACCAAAACGGGUUGGGGUUGGAGCUCUGGACUUGGGGGACAGGUAUGCUUAGAGUGUCUAGUCUAGGGUGAAAGAAGAAAGGUCACUGACAGAAAGGGAAAUGGGGAGCAGCUUGGGAGAGGAGGCAAAGACAGUCCAGUUUGUGUCAGAAGGAACCUCAGAUUGACCCCAGAGCUUCUGCAGAGGCUUCCUCUGUCCUCAAGCGCUGGGGAAGAGGGUUCCUAACUUCCUCUGUUACAUAUUUCCCGACUAACACAUCCUCUGCGGUCAGCAAGCCCUUCCUCAACUCUGUGGAGGAACCUGCUUGCUGUGGUUUCAGUCCAUUUCUUUUCAUCAUAUGCUCCGCCUGACAGCUACUGGGUGAACUCUGCUCUGGCUUUUCUCAAAGCAGACAAAGUGGGGGCACCGCAAAGCGCAGGCAUGAAGCACCAUCUCCCUCACUCCCUCAUGCCUGCCCCUAUGCUCAGCCUCUACUUCUGUAUGGUGGGACCGGACAGUUGGCUGUGGGGAGCUGACAGCAUCCAGACCUGGGUCCAGACCCCUGCCACUGAGACCGAUCUGGGGAUAGGCUACACCACUCUGCCCUGACCCUGGGAUUGGCACCAGCUUCCAACCAGUACCCAGCAAAGCCAAUCCUUGCAAUGGCCACGAACACUACCUCUUCUGCAGCACCCUCCUCGCUAGGUGUCAUGGCUAUCACCCUGCUGUCAGUGGCUCUGGCUGUGGGGCUCCCUGGCAACAGUUUUGUGGUGUGGAGCAUCCUGGUAAAGAUGGGAAAGCGCUCUGUCACUGCCCUGCUGGUGCUGAACUUAGCCCUGGCAGACCUGGCCGUCUUGCUCACUGCCCCCUUUUUCCUCCACUCCGUGGCCCGAGGCACCUGGAUUUUUGGCGUGACUGGCUGCCGCUUGUUCCACUACGUCUGCGGAGUCAGCAUGUAUGCCAGCGUCCUGCUGAUCACGGCCAUGAGUCUGGACCGCUCGCUGGCGGUGGCCCGCCCCUUUGUGUCCCAGAAGCUGCGCACCAAGGCGGUGGCCAGGUGGUUGCUGGCAAUCAUCUGGGCGGCGUCAGUCCUGCUGGCCACGCCCGUUAUCGUCUACCGCACCGUGGUGCCGCACCCGAACAACAGGAGCCUGGUCUGCUUCCCCAAGUACGACACGGAAAGACACAGGGCCUUCCACCUGCUCUUCGAGGCCCUCACCGGCUUCCUGCUGCCUUUCCUGGCCGUGGUGGCCAGCUACUCCGACAUCGGGCGCAGGCUGAGGGCCCGGCGCUUCCGCCGCAGCCGCCGCACCGGCCGCCUGGUGGCGCUCAUCAUCCUGACCUUCGCGGCUUUCUGGCUGCCCUACCACGUGGUGAACCUGGCCGAGGCCGGCCGCGCGCUGGCGGGCGAGGCCGCGGGGCAGGGGCCGGUGGGGCAGCGGCUGCGCCUGGCCCGCAGCGUGCUGAUCGCGCUGGCCUUCCUGAGCAGCAGCGUGAACCCCGUGCUGUACGCGUGCGCCGGAGGCAGCCUGCUGCGCCUGGCCGGCGUGGGCUUCGUCGCCAAGCUGUUGGAAGGCACCGGCUCCGAGACGUCCAGUACCCGACGCGGGGGCACCCUGGGCCAGACGGCGAGGGGCGCCCCCGCCCCCAAUGAGCCUGGCCCAGCCGAGAGCCUCACUGCCUCCACCAACCCUCUCGAGUGAAGCAGGCCCGGGGGAGGGGUGGUGCUGGAAGGACACUGGCUUUCCUCCUGGCGGAACGCCCCCACGCUGGCCUGACCCAAUUCUGCACCCCGAGGAGAAGGCCUGUGGGCGUGGAGCGGAAGAAGAGGGAGGGGAGGGGCAAGUAAGGGCAGAGUCAGCUCCUGGGCAGCUUUGCAAUUAAAAACGGAGUCUGAAA